AUGCCCCCGCUGAGACCACACCGUAAAUCUCGGAAUGGGUGUGACCGAUGUCGCGAAAGGCGGGUCAAGUGUGACGAAAAUGGCCCACCUUGCUCGAAUUGCACAAACCGCCAGCUAAACUGCACAUACCUGAAAGUUGAGGCUGCGCGCACCCGUGUCACCAAUGCGCGACCGUCAAAAUAUCAAGCUCCACCUGCCAGCGAGAACUCCGACACACGAUCCACACGAUCGCGGAACGGCGUCGGAUCGCCCGUGUCAGAUCUAUCCACCCCGCAUGAAAUCGACAACUUAGAAUUAAUGCAUAAAUUCUCUACUGACACGUACAAAAGUCUAUGUGUGAGCGAUUCUGAGAAUAUCACUUGGCAAAUCACCAUCCCUCGCUUGGCGCUCAAACAUCACUAUCUGCUGGACGGCAUUAUGGCCUUAGCCUCCAUGCACCUAGCCACAACUGCCGAGCCUGCCGAGGCUCUUAUUUACCAGGACAGAGGCCUCCAAUAUUAUAACCGCAGUCUAAGUCCGUUUCGACACGCGAUUGACAACAUUACACCACAGAACUGCGAUGCCGUUUUCGCGCAUUCUAUUGUGAUGAUCGCGAUAAGCAUCGCGUCGCCCCGACUCACCGCCACAAAGGACGAAAGCUCAAGCAUCACAGAAAACAUAGUCGUUUUGUUCGAGUUGUUACAGGGCGUCAAAAAAAUUCUCCAGGCCUGUAAGCCAUGGGUCAAGCUGGAGUUGUUUACCCAGGGUGAAUUCUGGAAGAAGACUUCUACUGAGCUCAACGCCGAUGAAGAUGCCGCCCUUGCACAUGUCGCUUCAUUGAAUGAUCUUGUUAUGACGGGGGUAUACGCGAAACAGCAUGACAUUUGCAAGGAUGUAUUAGCGCAUCUGCGCCACUGCUACGCGAAAUUUGCUCGUUCGCCGGACCCGGCGCCUGUUAUGGCUUGGCUUGCGGCGGUGGAUAAGGAUUUCGUGGAUAAUGUAAGAUGCCGGCAGCAUUUUUCACUGUUAAUACUUAUGUAUUGGGGUGUACUGCUCGUGAAACUGGACGGGAAACGGUGGUGGGCUCGCAAUGCAGGGAAAGCAUUGGUUUCCGAGCUACUGGAGGCUUUACAGGGAGGUGAUCCUCGGUGGGACAGUGCUCUUUCUUGGGUUCAACGAAAAAUCUCGUUAUGA